AUGGACGGGAACAGUUACCCCCUGCUGGAGGCCAGCCCCGCCCGGGUGCCCGCGGGGACCCCUCGGGCCGGUCCCGCGCCCAGCGCUGCCCCGGUGCGCGCAGCCCUCACUCCCCUCCUCACCCCAGGGGGACGGGCCCUGGGAUUACGUGCUCGUGGCCCCCUGAAAGGCCAGGAGGACGGCACGCGGCAGAAGUCCCCGAAGGACGAGGAGGCCCUCACGCUGCGCCAGUCCCCGAAGGUCGAGGACGCCGGGCGGGAGUUCCUGACAAUGCUCCGGGGAAAAGGCUUCCACGUCGUGGAGAAGCAGGACCAGAAGAGGGUGUUCUUCGGGAUCCGAGCUGGUGACAACAUCUUCAGCCGGUACAGCGCGCUGCUCCCGGAUCCCGAGGGCCCUGACGCCAAAGAGGGGAGCCCCAGUUGUGUAAAACCUGCCGCCAGAAUCCGAAUCGUCAACUUCAUCCUGGGCAGCAUGAGGACGUCGGAUGGUAAGAGUUUUAAAGAUUUGGUGAAGCGCAAGGUCUUUGAGACCAGGUUCCCCCUGCACAAGGAGGAGGAGAAGCCGAAGAAAUGGGCCAGGUGGAGAGACUUUCGCCGCAAGCAGCCAAUCGAUGAAAUCAGGAGCUACUUUGGCGAGAAGGUGGCCCUGUACUUUGCCUGGCUCGAGUGGUACACCUGGAUGCUGGUGCCCGCGGCGGCCAUCGGCCUCAUCAUCUUCCUGAGCGGCUUCUCCCUGUUCGACACCAGCCAGAUCAGCAAGGAGAUCUGUACGGCCGGGGACGUCUUCCUGUGUCCUCGGGGCGACCACGACCACGACUACCAGCGGCUGUCGGACACCUGCGCCUUUGCCAAGCUCACGCACCUGUUCGACAACGAGGGCACCGUGCUGUUCGCCUUCUUCAUGGCUGUGUGGGCCACGGUGUUCCUGGAGCUCUGGAAGCGGAGGCGCGCCCGGGUGGUCCUGCACUGGGGCCGGCACGCCUGGGACGAGGACCAGGAGGAGAUCGCGCUGGCGCUCAUCGCCCACGGGGGCCACACGCUGCGGCGGCACCAGCACUCCUACCUGGGGAGCGCCGCCGUCCUGGCGCUGCUGCUGCUCAUGAUCUGCCUCACGAUCCUCCUGACGGUCGCCCUGGUGCUCUACCGCGUGGUGGCCGCCGCCGCCUUCCGCUACCUGGCCGUGCCCUGCCUGGAGGUGGCCGUCGUGGCCACCGGCGCCGUGGCGCACUACGUCAUGAUCCUCGUCUUGACCAAGGUCAACAGGAGGGCGGCCCUGAAGCUCUGCGACCUCGAGAAGCCCAGGACCUUCUCAGAGCGGGAGAGCAAGUUCAUGGUCAAGUUCUUCAUCCUGCAAUUCUUCACGCACUUCUCCUCCCUCAUCUACACGGCCUUCAUCCUGGGCAGGAUCAACGGCCACCCUGGGAAAUCCGUGCGCCUGUGGGGGCUGUGGAAGCUGGAGGAGUGCCAUCUCAGCGGCUGCAUGAUGGACCUGUUCGUGCAGAUGGCCGUCAUCAUGGUCCUGAAGCAGAUGCUCAGCAACUUCGUGGAGUACCUGAGCCCGUGGCUGAGCUACAAGCGCCGCUGCAAAAGACUCCCGCAGGGCAGCCCGGACCCCGACCUCAGCGACUGGCAGCGCAACUACCUCCUGAAUGAGGUCACCACCUUCAGCCUCUUCGACGAGUUCAUGGAGAUGAUGAUCCAGUAUGGCUUCACCACCACCUUCGUGGCCGCCUUCCCUCUCGCGCCGCUGCUCGCGCUCGUCAGUAACGUCGUGGAGCUCCGCCUGGACGCCAUCAAGAUGGCCAGGCUGCGGCGGCGCCUGGUGCCGCGCAUGGCCAAGGACAUCGGCACGUGGCUGCAGGUGCUGGAGACCAUCGGCGUGCUGGCCGUCAUCGCCAACGGCAUGGUCAUCUCCUUCACGUCCGAGUUCAUCCCCCGACUGGUGUACCAGUACCGCUACGGCCCUUGCCGGGGUGGGGCCCGCCCUGAAGUCGACUGCCUCACCGGCUACGUCAACCACAGCCUGUCCGUGUUCUACACCAAGGACCUGCCGGGGGCCAGUCCGACACAGGACGCAGGCAACGUGACGGAGUGCAGGUACCGGGACUACCGCAACGCCCAGGACUACGGCCUCUCCCAGCAGUUCUGGGUCCUCCUGGCCAUCCGCAUGGCCUUCCUCAUCCUCUUCGAGCACGUGGCCCUGUGCAUCAAGCUGGUGGCUGCCUGGUUCGUGCCCGAUGUCCCUCAGGCGGUGAAGAACAGAGUCCUGGAAGACAAGUUCGAGAAGCUGAAGGGCAAGAUGAAGAGCUGUAGCGCCUCGCACCCCCCCAGCCACAAGAUCACAGAGGUGUAG